GCUUAUCCCACGUUUCUCCCCCCUCUUUUUGCUGAGUCCUCACAUCACACAGGCCCCGCUCUGUAGCUGCAGAGAAACAGAUCUCACUGUGCUGCAGGAGGGGAGCAGGAAUUGGAAGGGGGAGCACAGUGCAGGACUUGACAAAAACUAAUGGUAGCAAAUAAGGGAACUGCUACAGAGAAGAAGGCAGCAGGGGAAAUGAUCAGUUCAAAGAAAUGAGGACAGGAGGGAGGGACAGACCGGCCGGGCCAGUGCAUGCAGUUGAAGCAAGACGAAAGGAGACUGUUUCCGAAUCCGGACAGAGGAUGCUGUUUUGGGAUGUGUUGUGAAGACAGGGAGGGAUUGUGUCAAUGUGUGUAUGUGACAGUUUAUAGAUCACCAGAGGUAGGAUUUAAAAAUAGUAUAGAUUCUCUGCUAUGCAGAUCUCUGCUGUGAUGUUGCUCUGACCUCUGGAAGGUUUUUUUUUCUUUCCAGAAACUCAUUGAUUUUUCUGAGAGACUGAAAUGUGAUGUAGGUAUGUAGCAUACAGUGGUAAAAUUGUACUCUCUGGCAGUGUUUAAUUUUGGUGGACUCUAUGCUAGCAAUAUGGAUCCCCAGCAGCCUGUUUUUAGCCUAAUGAAGCGGUUCUGUCCUUGUCUCAGCCUGCUGCCGCUGCCAAGUCAAGACUGGAGCAAGAGUGAUGAAAGGCUGCUGCAGGCUGUGGAGCAGAAUGAACCUGACAAAGUCACUGCCCUCAUUGUCAAAAAAGGUCUCUGUCCAACCAAGCUGGAUGCUGAGGGCAAGUCAGCAUUCCACCUCUGUGCAUCUAGAGGCAGACUAGAUUGCCUGGAGGUAAUCAUAUCUCAUGGAGCAGAUGUCAGCGUCACAGACGGAGCUGGUUUCAGCGCACUUCAUCUUGCAGCCAAAAAUAGUCAGCACGAGUGUUUAAAGAGACUGCUGCAGGAGAGACUGGCGGUAGAUUGCACAGAUGGCAUUGGCAGGACACCACUGCAUCAUGCAGCGAUCAGUGGCUGUUUGUCCAGCACUGAGACACUGUGGGACUUUAAAGCCAACCUUGAUGUCCAGGACAAUGACGGAGCCACACCGCUGAUCCUUGCGGCCCAGAUGAGCAGAGUGGAGCUGUGUGACUUUCUGUUGGGUCGAGGUGCCAAUGCAAACACACAGGACAACCAGGGGAGGUCGGCAUUGAUGCUCGCCUGUGAGAGUGAAAGUGUCGAGACUGUAGAGGCUCUACUGAGAGGGGGCUCAAGCACACAACUGGUUGACCAACGUGGCCACAAAGCUGCUGACUAUGCCAUAACUACAGGCAACCAAUGCAUUGUUCGCAUGUUGCAGGAUGGAGUACCCCCAGCUUCUCAGAGCGCAGGCGAGGAGAUCCAGGACCUCUCAGCGGGAUCUGCCAAGUCUUCAAGUCCAGCGCUCCCUGCCAAAUCCCCUGAGCCCCAGAAAUCCCAAUCUCCAUCUCCCCAACCUCCUGAAACUCAGCAAUCAUCUCAGGCAGAGGAUGAGGAAGUGUUUGAGGAGAUCCGACGGCUGCGACUGGAGAGAGGGCGCCUGCUUCAGAAGAUUAAGGCCUUGGAGCAGCAGCAGCAGAGCGCCCUAUCUGCUCUGGAGGAGCUGUCCCAACUAAAGCAGCAUCUGAAGGAGGCAGAGGCUGAGAGGGACAAGCUGCUGGAGGAGCUGAAGGGGGCUCAUGGGAUAGGGGCCAGUGACUCAGAGGAUAUGGAUGAAAUGCUGGACUUCCCUGAGAAGCUCCUCUCCAAGCGUUCUAGAGUGUCCCCUGCCCAGGAUGAAGCCUCUUCACAAACAGAUACGGACUCACCUGGCCCGUCUCCUGCUCCUGCAGACCCAGGAUCAGUCGCUGAGUUGCAGAAACAAAUAGAGGAACUAAUUUCACAGAAUGCCGAACUUGUCCUUAAAGUGCAGAUGCUGGAGAUGUUUGAGAAAGAUGAUACGGACAUGCAGACCACCAGCUCAGACUCAGUGCCCAUGACUCAGUAUGAGACUUUGAGGAAGGAGUUUGAAGCUCUUCAGGAGCGCUUCUCUCAAGCCCAGGCUUCACUGGAAGCCUACCGUGUUUCUGACGAGCAAAGCAAAGGCAGCUCUCAGAAUGGAGGCGGAGAUCCAGAAAUCACAGGAGCUCUAGAAGAAAAGCUGCGUGGUUUAGAAGAGCAGCUGGCCUCCUCCCAGUCUGAGCUGGAGGAGCUAAAAGAGCAGAUGCGACUUGGGGUGCUUUCUGUGGAGUGCACUGAAGGAAACGUUAGUGCAGCAGCUGCAGAAGAAGAAGGUGCGAGCCAGGAGGCGCAGCAGCUGAGAGCCAGGGUGACGGAAUUGGAGGAGAAGCUCAUAGAGAGACAGGGCGAGGCAGAGGGUCAGAGCAGCCGGGACAAUGACACAAUCAAACAGCUGACAGAGAAAGUGAAGGAACUCCAGGCUGCUCAGAUAGAGUCUGUGCUCAAGGAAGAAGAAGAAAACAAAAGAGGAGAGGCAGAGAGCGUGAAGUCCCUCAGUGACAGAGUUGUCGAACUGGAGGCAGCCCUGGCAGAGAGCCGGACUUCAGGGAAAGAGGGAGCAGCGGCAGGAGAUGGGGAUCGGGUCCGGCGUCUUCAGGAGCGCUUGGCUGAAUUGGAGGGAGAGCUGAGGAAGUGCGUCCCCCGUUCAGAGCUAGACGAGGUUCAGGUGACCCUUGGACUCCAGUGCGAACAACUUGCCAGGGAGAGGGCAGACGUGGCUCGACGGCUCAAUGAUGCCCUCCUGGAGCUGGAGAGACUCAGAACUCCUCAACGUGGAGAUGAAGAGGAAGAAGAAGAGGAGGAGGAGGAGGGCCAUUCAGAAAGCUCAGAGCCCUCCGUCAAAUCAGAUCAAUCCAGGCAAACUUUGGCAGCAAUGAAGGAGGAACUGGAGGUGGCGAGGCAGGAAGCAGCCCAGGCUCUGGACUGCCUCUGUGCCGAGCGGGAGGGCCGUGCGCAGGACGCCUUGCAGCUGAAAGACGCUGUGCCACUUUCAAAGCAUAAAGAGGCACUGUCUGCAGUGUCGGAGCAGCUUGCUCAAACUCUGCAGGAGCUCCAAGAGGAGAAAACAUUAAGAGCUCAAGCUGAGGAGCAGGCAGCUAAUCUCCAGACAGAGCUGCAGGCCAAACAAGACGCCAUUCCCAAAGAGGAGCAUGAGAAGGUCAAGGAAGAGCUCCAGCACGCCCUGCAGGCCAGUGAGAGCAGUGCAGCAGCAGUGCAGGAGGCCCUCAGUGAGAAAGAGACAGAGCUGAGAGAGCUGAAGUCCCAGAAGGCUGCAGAACAGGGUCUGAUCUCCAAGGAAGACCACGAGGCACUGCGCCUCUCUCUACAGGCAGAGAUCAACGCCAUCACAGCACGGUUCAACGACCUCACCAGGAAACACGAGAAGACAUGCACCGAGGUAUUCCAGGUGCAGAGGGAGGCGCUAUUUCACAAAAGUGAAAGGCAGGCAGCAGAAUCCCAGCUGGUGGCAGUGCAGAAGCAGCUCUCAGAGCUACAAUCCCAGUCCAGCCACAUCCAGGAGCUCCACAAAGACAUCCAAGAGUCCCAGGGUCUAGUCAAAGAGAAGGACCGUAAGAUAACAGAGCUUUCCAAAGAAGUUUUCCGGCUCAAAGAGGCCUUGGGAGCUCUCUCCCCUCCUCUCGGAAGCCCAUCCCCUCCCUCGUCUUCUUCCAUGCAACAUGGCAAUCCAGGCCAGCAGGUGGCGCUGCAGAACAGGGUUGGCAUACUCACCCAACAGCUGCAGGACUGGGAGAGAAAGCACAGACAGGUGGUGGCUGUGUACCGCUCACAUUUACUAGCAGCUGUACAGGGUCGCAUGGAUGAAGAGGUACAAUGUCUGCUGCUUCAGAUCCUGAGGAUGUCACAGCAGGGACACUGAAGUCUCUGCAACUGGCACCACACAUGUAAAGCUCCAUCACUCUAAUCUAUAGGACCAAGAUAAGGGAGACCUAAGUUAGAAUGCCAAACACAGCCAAUCCACAGUCCGACAUAGUUGCAUGUGUAUAUUAUGAACCUCAAACAACAACCCUAAUUCUUGCCUGAAUAGUAAUAUUCAAGAAAAUUGAAUGGGGAAUGCUUUUGUUUUGUUUUUUUUUAUUUGUAAGAACCUAAUGAUAGGAGAUAUGUAGAUACAGAGUGGGUAUUUUGAUGAUAGAAUCAAGCACUGAUCGUGUGACAAGUCUACUGAUUUUACAUAAAGUUGUUAUAAUAAAAAGAAAACAAUUGCUCUCCCUUGUGAUUAUUUUUCACAUUUAGUCAAAAACUUUAGAUGUAAAGGUCCACCUUUCAUCUGAGUGGCCAUGGUGUUCGACUGGCCCUGUCAAAGUUCAUACCUUAAUCUAAUUUAAGAGCAGUGGUAUAACUUUCAAAUUGCUGUCCAUAAAUAAUUAACAACCAAUUUGGCAAAACAAUUUUGCUUUAUUUGCUUUUGUUAAGAUGGUACAAAGAUAUCUCAAAGGACAUCCAGCUGUAGAAUCAGCAAAAUGUGUUCUCCCAUGUACUAACUCAAAGGGGUUGAAAACAUUCGUGUACAUAAAUGGUUUACUCACUAUUUAGCUCCAGUUUUGAAAACUAUCUCUUUCCUUCCGUUUAACAAAUAUAUAGCACUUUAUGUUGGUCUUUUGUCUAAAAGCUUCAAAAUGAAAUGAAAACCAUCUAUUUUCAUUUUUAAUCUUUUAACUCGGUAGCAUAAUUUCUCACUAAAAGUGAGAAAAACACAGCCUAAUUUGAGUGCAUUAAAGUAAUUGGUUUUUACAGUCAGUGAACCAACCAGUUAAUCUUCCCAGUAAUAAUAUUUUGUAAAACAGCAUUUGGAGUCCAUAGGUGCAAUAUUUGACCAUUCCCCUCUAGAUAAUAUUUUUAUUGAUAUUAGCAGGUGGAGACAAGGGUCUGUCAAUGAGUACAGUUAAGGAGUCACAAUUAACAACACAUUAUUUUAUCUGUACCCUUUCAUAAUUUAUUUUAUUGACUAAACAUAAUAGUGAAGAAGGGGAAAUUUUUUUUUUGAGAAAUUCCUGAGAACGCAAAGGGGGGGUUGAAAAGCGUUCAAAAAUAUUCACAUUCUGGUCUCAUCAAAAGAUUUAUCUAAUUUACCUGUCCUUGAUACACAGAAGAAAAAAAUUUAAUAAAAUCCAAAAGUACUACAGUGACACAGAUGUAAUGAGCCACUUCCUGGUGUGCCCUGAUGAAACAACACAAACCUGUUUAGCUUAAAUACAAAGACGUUGACACAGACAUGAUCAUUAAAGUACCAAAUUUUCCUGAGCUGGGACAAACGGAGGGAUUGCACAUCCUUAUCACUAUUUUAAGUCCAAUCACUGCAGAGAAAAGCAAUCGGUGAAAGGAAAGGACAUCUUUUCUGAGGAUCUCACAAAAGAGAUUAAUAAUAAAAACAGCUGAAAGACUGUGAUUAUCUAGCAGAAAACUGGAGCAGCUUACAUCACUGUUUACAAAUAUAACAGCUUAAUUAUCCUGAACUUUGUUUAUCUUUUUAUUGGCAUGACAAGAAAAUGUAGUCUUUUUGCAAUGAGUGCAGAACUGCACAUUAUGUACACUGAGACAAAUGCCUGCCAGUGUAGUUAUUAAGGCACUGGGAAAAAUACAUGCAGGUACCUCUCAACAAAUAAUGGAAUUAAAACUUAGUUAUUCAAUUCAAAAAGUAAAACUCCUGACUUAAACCUCUCUCUGAGGUUCAGGUAAGGACAGUUAUCUGCCCACAUAAGCAAAGUGUUACCACGGUCAUUAAAGCAGGUAUUGGUACUUUUGGCAGUGUAGGCAGUUGCCAAAUUCUCCUGAAAAAUGAAAUCAGCAUCUCUUUACAGCUUGUAAGUAGAGGGAAGACUGAGUUGCACUAAAAUUCCCUGAUAGACAGACGGCUGCGUUGAUUUUGAACUUGAAAAAACACAGUGGACCAACACCUGUUGACAGCUGUGUCUCUUCACUCUUCUUCCAGACUCUGGAACCUACAUUUUCAAAUGAAAAUAGAAAUUUACUUUCAUCUAAAAUGAUGACUUUGGAAAACUGAGCGACAGUACAGUGCCUUUUCUCUUUAGUAUGACGCUUUGUAUGUCUCUAUUGCAGGAGCAACUUGAAUAUGAGUCAUAUUCAACGUCCUGUGAUCCACCUGUGUGUCACCUUCACUGAACUCUCCAAUAAUGUGCUUGGAAACAGCACUUUAUGAACAGACAGCUUCUUUAGCAGUGACCUUUUGUGAAUUAUUCUUCUGCUGGUCACGUCGGUGUUCUCACCUAUCCUAUCAUUGUAGAGCACACAACAUGGUCGUAAUAUAACAUUUCUUUGUUGUAAUUAAUUAUUUU